AUGAUUGAACUGUCCCCUAGAUAUCUGUCGCUGCAUGAUAAAAAAUACAUGCAUUACUACGCUGGACAUGUCAAGAAAGUAGUAUCGUUAUGUGUAACACCUGUAAUGAAUAUGUUUGUAUCGGGAUCGUUAGAUGAAACGCUAAUGAUUUGGGAUCUGAGGACACCGAAAUGCGAAGGGUACGUCAAUCUUUUUGGCAGACCCAUUUCAGCAAUUAGUCAAAGGGGAAAUGCUAUAGCAGCCGGUAUCAAUUCUGAAUCGCUAAAACUUUUCGACGUGAGGUUCUACGACAAACCAUAUGUCACUAUGACUAUUGAAGACGAUAAAAGUACUUGGACAGAUCUCAAGUUUAGUUCAAAUGGUCACUCGCUAUUGCUUUCAAAUAAUGAAUCAACUGUCAGAUUAAUAAAUGCCAUGCACGGUACAAUUAAACAUACGUUUAAUGGUUGUACAAAUAACGAAGGCCAUCCAAUUGAAUCGUGUUUUAGUCCAGACUCACGAUUCAUAUUUAGUGGCUCUACAAAUGGUCGUAUUCAUGUAUGGAGUACCCGAACAAUGAAAACCGUAUGUGACCUCAGGGGCUAUCAUCCAAGACCGGUACAAUGUGUGAAAUUCAACCCUAAGUAUACGAUGCUGGCUUCGGCAUGUUCGAAUUUAGGGUUAUGGACUACAACGAAUAAAAACGAAGAGACUGAGGAAUUAGCUUAA